GAGACCAGAGUCUAAUUUCUGACACCAAAAAAAAAGAGAGAGAAAAAACUCAUUUAGUUCCCUCUCGGUCUCUCUCUGCGGGGAGUGAGAGAGAGAGAGUAGCUGAGCUUCGAAAGCUUUCUUCUUUCUCUUCUUUCUUCUGGAGAGAGAAAAAGCUCCCACCUUUCUAACGAAGAAGGAAGAAUAAGUAGCUUCCCUCUUCCCGCAAACGCAAUCGCAAACGCAAACGUAGUUGUUAAUGGGGAGAGAUUUGAGUUUCUGCUUCGCCAUUUCCCUCCUGCUCCUACUUCUGGGUUGCUGCAAUGGCGGAAAGGUCGGAGUUUGUUACGGAAGAAGCGCCGACGACUUGCCCACUCCGGACAAAGUAUCCCAGUUGAUCCGACAACAUAACAUCAAGUACGUCCGUAUAUACGAUUCCGAUGUCCAAGUCCUCAAGGCUUUCGCAAACUCUGGCAUCGAACUCAUGAUCGGAGUUCCAAACUCCGACCUGCUCUCCUUCUCCCACCACCAAUCAAACGUCGACACGUGGCUUAAGAACAGCGUUCUUCCGUUCUAUCCGGCGACCAAGAUCACUCACAUCACUGUCGGAGCCGAGGUUACGGAGGAUACCCACAAUGCUUCUUCUCUGGUUGUUCCGGCGAUGCAGAAUGUUCUCACGGCUCUGAGAAAGGUCGGAUUGAGCAGGAGGAUCAAAGUUUCGAGCACUCAUUCCCUCGGGAUCCUCUCUCGGUCUUUCCCUCCUUCAGCCGGCGCUUUCAACAGCAGUUUUGCCUAUUUCUUGAGGCCGAUGCUCGAAUUUCUUGCCGAGAAUCAGUCCCCUUUCAUGAUCGAUCUGUACCCGUACUUUGCCUACAGAGAUUCCCCGAGCAAUGUCUCGUUGAAUUACGCCUUGUUCCAGUCGUCUUCCGAAGUGAUUGACCCUAACACCGGUUUGCUCUACAAGAACAUGUUCGAUGCACAGGUCGAUGCUCUCAAUUUCGCCCUCACGGCUCUGAAUUUCAGGACCAUCAAGAUCAUGGUUACCGAGACCGGAUGGCCGAGCAAAGGUUCACCAAAGGAGAAAGCUGCAAAUCCAGACAAUGCAGAGACAUACAACACAAAUCUGAUCCGCCAUAUCCUUGCCAACCAAGGUACACCUGCAAAACCGGGAGAAGCAAUGGAUGUAUACGUAUUUUCUUUGUUCAACGAGAAUCGGAAAUCGGGUCUAGACUCAGAGAGAAACUGGGGAUUGUUUUACCCUGACCAGACGAGCGUUUACCAUCUGGAUUUCACGGGGAAGAACAAUCUGAUUCCAUCUUCUAACUCGAGUGUUACAAACUCGAGCGGGACCAGCUGGUGCAUUGCUUCGUCCAAGGCUUCAGAAAAAGAUCUAAGGAGUGCCCUGGAUUGGGCAUGUGGACCCGGAAAUGUGGACUGCACGGCUAUACAGCCGAGCCAGCCGUGUUUCGAGCCGGAUACCUUGGUUUCUCAUGCCUCUUUUGUAUUCAACAGCUACUUCCAGCAAAACGGUGCCACUGAUGUUGCAUGUAGCUUUGGAGGAGCUGGUGUCAAGGUCAACAAGGAUCCUAGCUAUGACAACUGCUUGUACGUAACUGCAGGCGGGCCAAACAAAACGAGGGCAACCAAUGCAACAGCAUUAACCUCUACUUCUGCUUGCCAUAGCAGCAAACUGGCCAGAUGGAUUUUGAGACUCUUCCUCAUGAUCUCGUCGUUUCUUUUAAGCGUUGGGAACUCUGCAUUGUAACCCAGAAACAGAGAGAAAUCUGUCAUUGCACCUAAGCAGGAACCAAGUAAUGCAUGGCAUGAAAGUACGAGAAUGCUUGACCGUACGAGAUUACCAGAUAGUGUGUAACAAUUUUUUUGCCAAGUAACUGAAAUCAGUUAAGAUCUUCUCA